AGUAACAGAUGGACUUAGAGGGAUUACAUGGAUUCGGGAUGGGUCUGUGACACAAAUUCCCAAGAAAGACAUAAAAAGGAGGCGUGUGGCGGGGGAAUCACACUCACCCUGGAGCAUGAGAGAGAGUGGGAAAGGAGGAUAAAGAGAGAGGGGAGCAUCAGGUCAGAGAGGUAAGGGUCAAAACUGCUCAUUCUGACAAAGGGGUAUUAGAGAGAGGAGUAGUGCGGAGUACUUGGGUUAAACCAGGGAUAACAAAAAUACCAAAAAAUGUGUGCAAAGUUAUUGGUUGGUCAACAUAAAUGUCUCAGCAAAUCGUAGAGGACUGAGAAAAAUAUGAAAGAGGAUAGGAAGGAAAGCCUGUGAUGGAGGAAAAUUAAUGUCAGCUGGAAGUAGAAAGAUUGCAUUGUAGUGAUGGAUGUUGUCUCAAGAGAAAAAUAGACUUCUGUUUCUUUUGUAGUGAGGCAACGAUGCAGUUUCGAUUUGGUGCCAAAUUUCAGGCUAAGAAUUAGUAGUUCCUAGAACUGAGUAAGCUGUUAAGAGUUUGACAUGGAGAAAAGAAUGAUGUACUUCCUGAUGCGCUCAGGAUGGUUGUUUAUAUGUCUUGUACUGUCCAGUCCUUCCUUUCAAAAAAGUUGAAAAAUUGCAACUGAAAUGACUGAAAGAGAAUGUUGCUGUUGGUAACUGAUUAUAGGGAAAAUCACAUUUUAUUGGUCGCAUACACAUUUGUAUCAGAUUUUAUUGUGGGUGUUGCGAAAUGCAGGUAUAGUGAAAUGCCACUGUGUUUUUAACGUACAGUAGGUCAUUUUGUGUUUAGCAUUUUUUAUUGCCCAUUUGUUAUGCCAAUGGAUUUCAGUUUAUUGACUGCUACAGAAUGUGUUGGGUAUUAAACUUGAAUAUAAUGGGCUUUGUAAACAAUACCUGCAAAUCGGAAAAGUUUUUCACCGGACAUAGCCGGGGUUAACAGUUUUUAGGAAGUAGUUUGGGGGUGCGGGUUUUUGCCUGCGUUACAGGCGGCUAUAUCGGUCCGAUAAAUACAGAACUAGUAAAACUAGUACUAUUUUUUUCAGAUUUUUCAGGUGGUCCUUCAGCACCCAUACUUCCCACGGAGACUGACUUGAAGAUUCUAGUGAUAUUACAGUGAUCGGCAGUCAUACUAACUGGUUAAUCUGUCCUGUGUUAACAUUGCAGGGAUUGCAAACAGUGUGAGAGAGAGACCAGGAGAGAGAGCCAGAGUGGGUUUCACACUCUAACACACCUAACACAAACAGAUUAGAGCAGAUUAACAUGGAAUACCAGAAAAAUGAUUUAGAUCAGAGGCUUAACUAAUGAUUUCAUCAAAAAAAGUAAUCUACAUUUUAUUCCCUCCAUUUUAUUCCUCCUCUACUUUAAGUCGUAAGGAGGAUGCCGUGAGAUGUAGAGGCAGGCCAGAACCUCUUAAUCAGGAAGUAGAAAGUUAAUAACGUGGUACAGGUCACAGAACGGUAUGGAUUACUCCAUAACCAUAUGCAAACACACAGUGAACUCUUGGACCUGUACGACCUGUCACCCUGAGCAUUACUGUGAGUAAGAUAUACUGUAUCUGCCCUAAGAUGUGAUCAUACGGAAAACACUUGUACGCCAAAGCAGAAUGUAUUCCAAUAAUAUCUCUACAUUUGAUGAUACAUUUUACGGCUGGAUCUGAUAGUAUCUGUAUCAAGUCUGUAUGAUCAAAACUCACUGUAGGACUAGAGUGAAAAGUUAGGCGACAGAGAUCUAGAUAGCAUAUCCGAUAGCUCUCUAAAGUUUAUGAUGAAAGGCGGCUAGGGACUAGGGAUCUAUUGACUCCCAUUACUGUUGAAUGGUUAGAGUGAAGAGCCCUAGGAAUCUAUAACAGCAUAAACCUUCAGUCCUGGUUGGACAGACAUGUCCUCCUUCCAUCCCUUUCUUUUCUCCUGGUGUGACCCCUCUCCUCUGUUCAUUUGUCCCUUCUGUCCAUCUCUUUUACCUUGACAGAAUCUUAUCCGACUCUCUCUCUUUCCCCUUCUCUCUCUAUUGUUGCUUUCCCUUUGUCCCCAUUUUCUAAUCUUUUCUCUACAUUGUUUUUUAUCUUGUCUUGUUUUUUACUCUGUUUUUUCUUUUUGAAACUAUCUUUCACUGAUUUCAAUCUAUCACCAGAACUGUCAUCAUCUUCUUCAUCAUCCUCUACAUCUCCAAUAACAACCUCAUCCUCACAUACUGCUGUUGAUACUCAUAUCCCAUCUACCUCCCUUUGUCCAUCUCUUUCUUCAUCCUCUUCUUCUCCUUCCCCUGCCCUGAGUCUCUACACACUUCCUCUCCUCCUGCCCUAUCCCUCCUUCUUGACCUUCUCUUACCCUCUCCCCUCCUCCCGGUGUGGCCAUGUUGGAGAACAUGUCUCGUCGGUCCCGCUCCCUGCUGUCCCUGACCCUGACCACUCUGGCUCUGGCCCUGUCCAUCCUGGCUCUCUGCACCUCCUACUGGUGUGAAGGGACUCACAAGGUGGUCAAGCCUCUCUGCCUGUCUCCGGUCAAGAUGAGGAACUGUGGGCAGAACAACAGUGAACCCUACACCACAGAGAGCCCAACUCAGAACCCAUACAACAGAACUCUGCCCCCCCAGAGGAGAGAUGAACUGGCUAAGAUCCGCCAGAGACAGCUGGACAAUGCUGUCCACUACAUCUGGGAGACAGGAGAGGACAAGUACACCUUCAGAUACUUCCACACAGGCUUCUGGGAGAGCUGUGAGAAACACGUUGAUGGUGAGAAGUGUCGCAGCUUUAUUGAGCUGACUCCUGGUGAAACACAAGGUGUGUUAUGGCUAUCGGUGAUAUCUGAGUUCACUUACAUCGGUCUAUUGGGAAUGGGCUUUCUGUUGAUGUGGUUGGAGUUGUUGUGUUCCCAUAAGGAAAUACACGCUCUCAAAAUCAAUGCCUAUGCUGCCAUCUGCACCGUACUGUCAGGUCUGAUGGGGAUGGUGGCCCACAUGAUGUACACCACAGUGUUCCAGAUGACUGUCAUCGUUGGCCCUAAAGACUGGAGGCCUCAGACCUGGGACUACGGCUGGUCAUUCGCCCUGGCGUGGAUCUCCUUCAGCUGUUGUAUGGGAGCUGCAGUCUUCACCCUCAACUCUUACACCAAGACCAUCAUCGAGCUGCGCCACAAACAGAGGCUCCGAUUGGAGGAGGCCCGCGCCGCCACCCACGCCCCUCCCUACAAUGAGGUGGUCCCCGGGAGCGGGCUCUACUCUGUCAGCGGCCUAUUGCAGUGCCCAGACGGGAUGAUUGACGUGGCGUGGGCGCCUGACGGGACCGUGAUGGGGGUGGGGAACGGGGAUGUACCAACUCUGGUGUUGGUAGGAGGGUGUGGGCCAGAGGGCUGUGAGGACUGUGAGAGAGAGAUGGAUGAGAUGGAGGAGGCCAUGGAGAGGGAAACAGCUGAUUCGCCUUGUUAAUAAGUGAGGGGUGGGGCUAAAGAGAACAGAGGAGGACUAUGGGUAAUGUAGUCACUUUACAGGUACUGUAUAUGCACCUUGAGCUCUCAAGAUGGAAAGAGUAAGACCGAAAAAUAGUGAGACUGAGAAAGUGGGAGGGGAAUAGUUCUGACAUAAGAUAUGAGAGAGAAGGAAUGCUGAUAUACUUCUCUUGCACUGCUUGUGGGGCAGAAGCAGAACUUGAUGGACAUGGGACACAGGAACUGUGUUGGCUGUAAGAGCUACAGUAUCCCCUCUUUGACAUUGAACAGAGAUCACCUUGACAUACAUGGUUCGGGCUAACGCUCCUCACAUUGUCAUUCAUUAAUACAAUAGUGCCUAAUGGUAAGGGAUUGUUAUACAGUAUACAUGUACACUACCGUUCUAAAGUUUGGGGUCACUUAGAAAUGUCCUUGUUUUUUAAAGUAAAAGCAAUUUAGUUGUUCUGAGAAAUGAAGGCUAUUCCAUGUGAAAAAUUACCAAGAAACUGAAGAUCUCGUACAAUGCUGUGUACUACUCCCUUCACAGAACAGCGCAAACUGUCUUUAACCAGAAUAGAAAGAGGAGUGGGAGGUCCUGGUGCACAACUGAGCAGGAGGACAGGUACAUUAGAGUGUCUAGUUUGAGAAACAGACACCUCACAAGUCCUCAACUGGCAGCUUCAUUAAAUAGUACCCGCAAAACACC